AUGGCAGCAACAACUUGGAUGAUUGAGGAAAUUGAGGAUCCAACUCUUGUUGAGGCGGCUGGAGUAAAAUGGGCCUUAAAGUGGGCAAAAGGACUGGGUUUUGACCUUAUGCUUGUGGAAACAGAUUCCCUUCUUUUUGUUAAACAAUGGGGGAACAACCAGCUGGGCAUCUCAUACUUUGAUGAUGUUGUCAGAGAAUUAGGAGCAUACGGUGGCCUCCACCACAACUUUUCGUUCACAGAGACAGAGGCAUGCGACCAGUUCUGCGCAAACUUGAAAUCAUGUUUCUUCAUCUCAAUCACCUUGUUGAUCGUCCUUGCCAGCUUUACCCUAUAUUAUGUACCUGACCCGCCACUUGUGUCGGGUCACCGAGAUGAGAGUCGUCGAACAAUUGCAUGCUUCGCAGAGCUCUUCAACACAUUCAAGGAGUUGGAGAAGCCCAUGUGGAUGCUCAUGUUGGUGACCGCUUGCAACUUGCUAGCAUGGUUCCCCUACGUCUUGUACAACACUGACUGGAUGGGGCUUGAGGUGUACGUUGGGGAUGCAAGCAUUGAGGCAUACGAUGCCGGAGUUCGUGCUGGAGCAUUGGGACUUAUGCUGAACUCGGUGGUGCAUUUCUUUACAACGCUGGGAGUGGAGCGGUUGGGGCGUUGCGUCAGGGGACCUACGAGGCUGUGGGGGAUAGUGAAUUUGAUUUUAGCUGUUUGCCUUGUGAUGACGGUACCCAUUAUCAAGGUGGCAGAGCACCAACACCACGUGAGUGGAGGCGCCACCGUCAGGAAGCCAUCCCCCGGAGUGACAGCUAGUGCCAUGAUCUUCUUAUCCAUCCUCGGUGUUCCACUUGUGGUUACAUAUAGCAUCCCAUUUGCUCUAGCAUCAAUAUUCUUUAUCACUACAGGCAGUGACAAAUUCAAGAUUUUUAAAUUGUGGGGGCAAUAUUAUAAUUGUAUCUCAUACUUUUACAUGAACUCACAUGAACUUCAAUCUAUCAACGAGAGUGUUCAGAAACAAAUAAUUAACUCUCUUUUAAAUUUUUAA